AUGUUUGAGCACAAGUCGGUGUGUGUAGAUCGUUCGGUUCAUACGGCUUUGUCCCCCGGCGCAUGGCCGGCGAUCACUGCAAUCUUGCUGGUGCACGGCCUGUUCGCCGCCUUCCCGGCGGUGUCGGUCGACAUGGGCGACAUGCUGAUGAUGGACAGGUUCCGCGAGUGGCAAGUCACGCACAACCGGACGUACCUGAGCACGGAGGAGAGGGUGCAUCGCUUUCAGGUGUACCGCGACAACGUGGAGUACAUCGAUGCCACCAACCGGCGUGGUGACCUCACCUAUGAGCUCGGCGAGAACGAGUUCGCCGACCUCACCCAGGACGAGUUCCUGGCUAGGUACGCGUCGUCCUACGAAGCUGCCAGCGAUGAUACGGGCAUUACUUUGCCUGUGGGCGGCGGCGACGCCGAGCUGUGGUCAUCCGGCGUCAACGAUGGUAGCUCCUUGGAGGCUCCGCCUCCCAGCUGGGACUGGAGAUCCAAGGGCGCCGUCACACCGGUCAAGUCCCAAGGCGCAGGAUGCGCUAGCUGCUGGGCGUUCGUGACGGUUGCUACGAUCGAGACUCUGAACUGGAUCAGGACGGGGAAGCUGGUGCCUCUCUCGGAGCAGCAGCUGGUGGACUGUGACCAGUACGACGGCGGGUGCAACCGCGGGUCCUUCCACAGGGCCUACAAUUGGAUUGUGGAGAAUGGCGGCCUCACCACGGCAGCAGAGUACCCGUACACGGCGGCGAGGGGCGCCUGCAACCGCGCCAAGUCCGCCCAUCACGUCGUCAAGAUCCUCGGAGGCGGCGUGAUCCCGCCUAGGAACGAGCCCGAAAUGCAGGUCGCCGUCGCCGGGCAGCCCGUCGGUGUGGCCAUCGAGGUCGGCAGCGGCAUGCAGUUCUACAGGAGCGGCGUUUACUCGGGCCCUUGCGGGACAGCGCUCGCUCACGCCGUCACCGUCGUCGGCUACGGUGUCGACGCGGGGGUCAAGUACUGGAUCGUGAAGAACUCGUGGGGGCAGACAUGGGGUGAGGGCGGUUACAUCCGCAUGCGCCGCGAUGUCGGUGGCCCGGGGCUCUGCGGCAUCGCACUGGACGUCGCCUACCCGAAAAUGGCGAGGUGA